CGCAGCGGGGUAGGCUGAGCGGCCGCCGUUAAAGGCGCCGGCAUCCGGUGCGGCGGGGACGCGGAGUCCCGGCGGGCAGGGGUCAGCUCAAAGACAAAGGCAUGGCAGGCAGCUCCGAGCGCCGCCGGCCGCCGCCGCGGCCGCUUCUCCGAGCGCCGGGCACGGUCCGCGGUGCCCCGCACUGAAGGUCAUCGGAGCCCCGCAGCCCGGCGGUGACAGGCAGAGGAACCGGGCGAGAGCGCGGCUUAGGCCAGAAGUUUUCCAGCGUCAAGGAUUCCCUCGGCGUUCCCGCUACCACCAUGUCCACAGAUGCGGGCUUCGGCACAGCCGGCAACAGCGAUGCCCAGCAGAGCCUCCAGUCCUUCUGGCCGCGAGUCAUGGAGGAGAUCCGCAAUCUCACAGUGAAAGACUUCAGGGUUCAAGAACUCCCUCUUGCUCGUAUCAAGAAGAUAAUGAAGCUGGAUGAAGAUGUGAAGAUGAUCAGCGCGGAAGCUCCCGUGUUGUUUGCCAAGGCAGCUCAGAUAUUCAUAACAGAAUUGACUUUGCGAGCGUGGAUACACACGGAGGAUAACAAGCGCAGGACUCUGCAGAGGAACGACAUCGCUAUGGCAAUUACAAAGUUUGAUCAGUUUGACUUUCUGAUCGAUAUUGUUCCGAGAGAUGAACUGAAGCCUCCAAAGCGUCAGGAGGAGGUGCGUCAGGCUGUGACCCCAGCUGAGCCGGUCCAGUACUAUUUCACGCUCGCCCAGCAGCCCGCUGCCGUGCAGGUCCAGGGGCAGCAGCAGGGCCAGCAGACCACCACGUCUACGACGACGAUCCAGCCAGGGCAGAUCAUCAUCGCGCAGCCGCAGCAGGGGCAGACCACCCCCGUGACGAUGCAGGUCGGAGAAGGCCAGCAGGUACAGAUAGUGCAGGCCCAGCCGCAAGGACAGACCCAGCAGGCACAGGGUGGGACUGGGCAGACCAUGCAGGUCAUGCAGCAGAUCAUCACCAACACCGGAGAGAUCCAGCAGAUACCGGUUCAGUUGAAUGCUGGCCAGCUGCAGUAUAUCCGCUUAGCCCAGCCCGUGUCAGGCACCCAGGUAGUCCAGGGGCAGAUCCAGACGCUUGCAACCAAUGCACAGCAGAUAACGCAGACAGAGGUCCAGCAAGGACAGCAGCAGUUCAGCCAGUUCACAGAUGGACAGCAACUCUAUCAGAUCCAGCAAGUGACCAUGCCUGCGGGCCAGGACAUCACCCAGCCCAUGUUCAUUCAGUCCUCCAGCCAAACCUCGGACGGGCAAACGGCGCAAGUGGCAGGGGACUGAGCGUGGGCGUUGCAGCCAGCCCUCUCUCCGCAGGGAGACGAACGCGAACCAGCCUGACGCCUGCCGUACCAGCCUGAUCUGGGCAAUCCAUCUGCUUCUGCCUCGCUGUACUGAUACCCGGCCUGCAGUUGGCUGCGGUCUCCGGUGCGCUGCACGCCUUCCUCCGGUGGGUAUGAGCGAAUAUCCAACAGACGCUGACAAGAAUGCAAUACUUGUAUUUUUAGAAACCGAUAUCUCAGCCUAUCCAGCUGCUCGUUCAGAUCCAUAAAACUGAGGGAGAACUAAAUCAAAAGGAAUUUGUAGCAUCUCAUUGAACAACGUGUAAAACGUUUUUAUCUAGUAAAAUCAUUAAAGGGUACUGCUCCUGGUUUGUUUGACGGAGCUUUAUUCCUGGUAUUCUGCUUGUACUUUUUCCCUGCAUAGAGCUAGAUCCAGUCCUCCCCUCUCUGUGCUUUAUUAGGGGUGUUUGGGGGGAGCGCAUGUGUGUGUGUUAGGUUUUCCUCUCCUGCCUCCUUUUUUGGUAAGCUGGAGCACUGGCUCCGCACAGCUCAAGGGCAGGGAGUAGGGGAGGAGUAAUUAAAGGGAAAACAAAAUAAACAUUCCUUGUACGAUGACUGUGUUUUCUAAGGGUAAAAGACUCUUUGAUUUGGUCUGGUUUAUCCCAGAAAUACUAAGGGCAGUCUGGACAAACCUCAGCCCUGCUAUUUGCUUUUGUACCGCCUUCGGUUGAUGCAUGUAAUAUAGGCUUCAUAAAAUUAAAUAAAUCUCCUUUGUAAGAUA